AUGGACGUGGACGUGGACGUGGACGUGGACGUGGACGUGGACGUGGACAUGGACGUGGACGUGGACGUGGACGUGGACGUGGACGUGGACGUGGACAUGGACGUGGACAUGGACGUGGACGUGGACGUGGACGUGGACGUGGACAUGGACGUGGACGUGGACGUGGACGUGGACGUGGACAUGGACGUGGACAUGGACGUGGACGUGGACGUGGACGUGGACGUGGACGUGGACGUGGACGUGGACGUGGACAUGGACGUGGACGUGGACGUGGACGUGGACGUGGACGUGGACGUGGACGUGGACGUGGACGUGGAGGACUUGGACGUGGACAUGGACGUGGACGUGGACGUGGACGUGGACGUGGACAUGGACGUGGACGUGGACGUGGACGUGGACGUGGACGUGGACGUGGACGUGGACGUGGACGUGGACGUGGACGUGGACGUGGACGUGGACGUGGACGUGGACGUGGACAUGGACGUGGACGUGGACGUGGACGUGGACGUGGACGUGGACGUGGACGUGGACGUGGACGUGGAGGACGUGGACGUGGACAUGGACGUGGACGUGGACAUGGACGUGGACGUGGACGUGGACAUGGACGUGGACGUGGACGUGGACGUGGACGUGGACGUGGACGUGGACAUGGACGUGGACAUGGACGUGGACGUGGACAUGGACGUGGACGUGGACGUGGACGUGGACGUGGACGUGGACGUGGACGUGGACGUGGACGUGGACGUGGACGUGGACGUGGACGUGGACGUGGACGUGGACAUGGACGUGGACGUGGACGUGGACGUGGACGUGGACGUGGACGUGGACGUGGACGUGGACGUGGACGUGGACAUGGACGUGGACGUGGACGUGGACGUGGACGUGGACAUGGACGUGGACGUGGACGUGGACGUGGACGUGGACGUGGACAUGGACGUGGACAUGGACGUGGACGUGGACAUGGACGUGGACGUGGACAUGGACGUGGACGUGGACAUGGACGUGGACGUGGACGUGGACGUGGACAUGGACGUGGACGUGGACAUGGACGUGGACGUGGACGUGGACGUGGACGUGGACGUGGACGUGGACGUGGACGUGGACGUGGACGUGGACGUGGACGUGGACGUGGACGUGGACGUGGACGUGGACGUGGACGUGGACGUGGACGUGGACGUGGACAUGGACGUGGACAUGGACGUCGUGGACAUGGACGUGGACGUGGACGUGGACGUGGACGUGGACGUGGACGUGGACGUGGACAUGGACGUGGACGUGGACGUGGACGUGGACGUGGACGUGGACGUGGACAUGGACGUGGACGUGGACGUGGACGUGGACGUGGACGUGGACGUGGACGUGGACGUGGACGUGGACGUGGAGGACGUGGACGUGGACAUGGACGUGGACGUGGACAUGGACGUGGACGUGGACGUGGACGUGGACGUGGACAUGGACGUGGACGUGGACGUGGACAUGGACGUGGACAUGGACGUGGACGUGGACAUGGACGUGGACAUGGACGUGGACGUGGACGUGGACGUGGACAUGGACGUGGACGUGGACGUGGACGUGGACGUGGACAUGGACGUGGACGUGGACGUGGACGUGGACGUGGACAUGGACGUGGACGUGGACGUGGACGUGGACGUGGACGUGGACGUGGACGUGGACAUGGACGUGGACGUGGACGUGGACGUGGACAUGGACGUGGACAUGGACGUGGACGUGGACGUGGACGUGGACAUGGACGUGGACGUGGACGUGGACGUGGACGUGGACAUGGACGUGGACAUGGACGUGGACGUGGACAUGGACGUGGACGUGGACGUGGACGUGGACAUGGACGUGGACGUGGACGUGGACGUGGACGUGGACAUGGACGUGGACAUGGACGUGGACGUGGACGUGGACGUGGACGUGGAGACGUGGACGUGGACAUGGACGUGGACGUGGACGUGGACGUGGACGUGGACAUGGACGUGGACGUGGACGUGGACGUGGACGUGGACGUGGACGUGGACAUGGACGUGGACAUGGACGUGGACGUGGACAUGGACGUGGACGUGGACGUGGACGUGGACGUGGACGUGGACGUGGACAUGGACGUGGACGUGGACGUGGACGUGGACGUGGACAUGGACGUGGACGUGGACGUGGACGUGGACGUGGACGUGGACAUGGACGUGGACGUGGACGUGGACGUGGACGUGGACGUGGACAUGGACGUGGACGUGGACAUGGACGUGGACAUGGACGUGGACGUGGACGUGGACGUGGACAUGGACGUGGACGUGGACGUGGACGUGGACGUGGACGUGGACGUGGACGUGGACGUGGAGGACGUGGACGUGGACGUGGACGUGGACAUGGACGUGGACGUGGACGUGGACAUGGACGUGGACGUGGACGUGGACAUGGACGUGGACGUGGACGUGGACGUGGACGUGGACGUGGACAUGGACGUGGACGUGGACGUGGAGAACGUGGACGUGGACAUGGACGUGGACGUGGACGUGGACGUGGACGUGGACAUGGACGUGGACGUGGACGUGGACGUGGACGUGGACGUGGACGUGGACAUGGACGUGGACAUGGACGUGGACGUGGACAUGGACGUGGACAUGGACGUGGACGUGGACGUGGACGUGGACAUGGACGUGGACGUGGACAUGGACAUGGACGUGGACGUGGACGUGGACGUGGACGUGGAGAACGUGGACGUGGACAUGGACGUGGACAUGGACGUGGACGUGGACGUGGACAUGGACGUGGACGUGGACGUGGACAUGGACGUGGACGUGGACGUGGACGUGGACGUGGACGUGGACAUGGACGUGGACGUGGACGUGGACGUGGACGUGGACGUGGACGUGGUGGACGUGGACAUGGACGUGGACGUGGACGUGGACGUGGACGUGGACGUUGGACGUGGACGUGGACGUGGACGUGGACGUGGACGUGGAGGACUUGGACGUGGACAUGGACGUGGACGUGGACGUGGACGUGGACGUGGACAUGGACGUGGACGUGGACGUGGACGUGGACGUGGACGUGGACGUGGACAUGGACGUGGACGUGGACGUGGACGUGGACGUGGACGUGGACGUGGACGUGGACGUGGACAUGGACGUGGACGUGGACGUGGACGUGGACGUGGACGUGGACGUGGACGUGGACGUGGACGUGGACGUGGACGUGGACGUGGACGUGGACGUGGACGUGGACGUGGACGUGGACGUGGACGUGGACGUGGACAUGGACGUGGACGUGGACAUGGACGUGGACGUGGACGUGGACGUGGACGUGGACGUGGACGUGGACAUGGACGUGGACGUGGACGUGGACGUGGAGGACUUGGACGUGGACGUGGAGGACGUGGACAUGGACGUGGACGUGGACGUGGACGUGGACGUGGACGUGGACAUGACGUGGACGUGGACGUGGACGUGGACGUGGACGUGGACGUGGACGUGGACGUGGACAUGGACGUGGACAUGGACGUCGUGGACAUGGACGUGGACAUGGACGUGGACGUGGACGUGGACGUGGACGUGGACGUGGACAUGGACGUGGACAUGGACGUGGACGUGGACAUGGACGUGGACGUGGACGUGGACGUGGACAUGGACGUGGACGUGGACGUGGACGUGGACGUGGACGUGGACGUGGACGUGGACGUGGACGUGGACGUGGACAUGGACGUGGACGUGGACGUGGACGUGGACGUGGACGUGGACGUGGACGUGGACGUGGACAUGGACGUGGACGUGGACGUGGACGUGGACGUGGACGUGGACGUGGACGUGGACGUGGACGUGGACGUGGACAUGGACGUGGACGUGGACGUGGACGUGGACGUGGACGUGGACGUGGACGUGGACGUGGACGUGGACGUGGACGUGGACGUGGACGUGGACAUGGACGUGGACGUGGACGUGGACGUGGACGUGGACGUGGACGUGGACGUGGACGUGGACGUGGACGUGGACGUGGACGUGGACGUGGACGUGGACGUGGACGUGGACGGACGUGGACGUGGACAUGGACGUGGACGUGGACGUGGACGUGGACGUGGACAUGGACGUGGACGUGGACGUGGACGUGGACGUGGACGUGGACGUGGACGUGGACGUGGACGUGGACGUGGACGUGGACGUGGACGUGGACGUGGACGUGGACGUGGACGUGGACGUGGACGUGGACGUGGACGUGGACGUGGACGGACGUGGACGUGGACAUGGACGUGGACGUGGACGUGGACGUGGACGUGGACGUGGACGUGGACGUGGACGUGGACGUGGACGUGGACGUGGACGUGGACGUGGACGUGGACGUGGACGUGGACAUGGACGUGGACGUGGACGUGGACGUGGACGUGGACGUGGACGUGGACGUGGACGUGGACGUGGACGUGGACGUGGACGUGGACGUGGACGUGGACGUGGACGUGGACGUGGACGUGGACGUGGACGUGGACGUGGACAUGGACGUGGACGUGGACGUGGACGUGGACAUGGACGUGGACGUGGACGUGGACGUGGACGUGGACGUGGACAUGGACGUGGACGUGGACGUGGACGUGGACAUGGACGUGGACGUGGACGUGGACAUGGACGUGGACGUGGACGUGGACGUGGACGUGGACGUGGACGUGGACGUGGACAUGGACGACGUGGAUGGACGUGGAGACGUGGACGUGGACAUGGACGUGGACGUGGACGUGGACGUGGACGUGGACGUGGACAUGGACGUGGACAUGGACGUGGACGUGGACGUGGACGUGGACGUGGACGUGGACGUGGACGUGGACGUGGACGUGGACGUGGACGUGGACGUGGACGUGGACGUGGACGUGGACAUGGACGUGGACGUGGACGUGGACGUGGACGUGGACAUGGACGUGGACGUGGACGUGGACGUGGACGUGGACGUGGACGUGGACGUGGACGUGGAGACGUGGACGUGGACAUGGACGUGGACAUGGACGUGGACGUGGACGUGGACAUGGACGUGGACGUGGACAUGGACGUGGACGUGGACGUGGACGUGGACGUGGACGUGGACGUGGACGUGGACGUGGACGUGGACGUGGACGUGGACGUGGACGUGGACGUGGACGUGGACGUGGACGUGGACAUGGACGUGGACGUGGACGUGGACGUGGACGUGGACGUGGACGUGGACGUGGACGUGGACGUGGACGUGGACGUGGACGUGGACAUGGACGUGGACGUGGACGUGGACGUGGACGUGGACGUGGACGUGGACGUGGACGUGGACGUGGACGUGGACGUGGACGUGGACGUGGACGUGGACGUGGACGUGGACGUGGACGUGGACGUGGACGUGGACGUGGAGGACGUGGACGUGGACAUGGACGUGGACGUGGACGUGGACGUGGACGUGGACGUGGACGUGGACGUGGACGUGGACGUGGACGUGGACGUGGACGUGGACGUGGACGUGGACAUGGACGUGGACAUGGACGUGGACGUGGACGUGGACGUGGACGUGGACGUGGACGUGGACAUGGACGUGGACGUGGACAUGGACGUGGACAUGGACGUGGACGUGGACAUGGACGUGGACGUGGACGUGGACGUGGACGUGGACGUGGACGUGGACGUGGACGUGGACGUGGACGUGGACGUGGACGUGGACGUGGACGUGGACGUGGACGUGGACGUGGACAUGGACGUGGACGUGGACGUGGACGUGGACGUGGACGUGGACGUGGACGUGGACGUGGACGUGGACGUGGACGUGGACGUGGACGUGGACGUGGACGUGGACGUGGACGUGGACGUGGACGUGGACGUGGACGUGGACGUGGACGUGGACGUGGACGUGGACGUGGACGUGGACAUGGACGUGGACGUGGACGUGGACGUGGACGUGGACAUGGACGUGGACGUGGACGUGGACGUGGACGUGGACGUGGACGUGGACGUGGACGUGGACGUGGACGUGGACGUGGACGUGGACGUGGACGUGGACGUGGACGUGGACGUGGACGUGGACAUGGACGUGGACGUGGACAUGGACGUGGACGUGGACGUGGACAUGGACGUGGACGUGGACGUGGACGUGGACGUGGACAUGGACGUGGACGUGGACGUGGACGUGGACGUGGACGUGGAGACUUGGACGUGGACGUGGACGUGGACGUGGACGUGGACGUGGACGUGGACAUGGACGUGGACGUGGACGUGGACAUGGACGUGGACGUGGACGUGGACGUGGACGUGGACGUGGACAUGGACGUGGACGUGGACGUGGACGUGGACGUGGACGUGGACGUGGACGUGGACAUGGACGUGGACAUGGACGUGGACGUGGACGUGGACGUGGACGUGGACGUGGACGUGGACAUGGACGUGGACGUGGACGUGGACGUGGACGUGGAGGACGUGGACGUGGACGUGGACGUGGACGUGGACGUGGACGUGGACGUGGACGUGA